AACGAUCGGUGCCGAUGUGAGGAUUAGUGCAAAAUAAUUUUCUCACAGUUUUCCACACCGAAUCUUCUCAGUUCUCGGUGGUCGUCCUACGGUUUCGGUUCGGGUCGUGUGCUGUUCGAUCGACUUUUCCAAACGGCACCGGGGGCAUCUGCUACGCUACGUUUAGUCGUUUUUUUCCUUUUAUUUUCAAUUUAUUAUCGUUUACCUUUUCAUUUUCGACUCCGGUUUCGGUAUUGCGGUGUGCAAAUGUUAGACAGCGUUAACCUGUGCAGCAUGCGCUAGAAGGAUCCGAUAUCCGUCGCGGAAAACCCCCGCUCACGGCUGCGAUCAUGCAAAGUGUUAGUUAAUCUAAUAUUAUUUGACACCCGAUCUGGUGUGAUCGCUGGUGGUUGAAAGUCCUUUCCCGGCAGUGGAGCGGAUCCGAGCAGCAGCGGCGGUACAGUGCAGUCCGGUUAGUUGAGUGCAGUGCUCGGAAUGUGUGCGGCUGCAGUGCGACUGCUUGAUGUGCGCGAAUCGAUAAACAUUAACCCUAGUGCUCGUGCUGUGCAGUAGUUAUCUAACUCGAUAAUGGGCGAUUGCGUUGGACGUGCGGGGAACCACAACAACACCAGUAGUAACAGCGCAUCACCUUUGAUCGUACUGCCGAACGGUGUGAUUCUCAACCGGCGUUCGAAGUCGGACGCAUCGGCCGCCCUGAACGAGUGCCUACUGUGCUGGAACCAACCGCAAGAUCCGAGCCGCUGUCCGAACUGCGCCCGUCAGUACUGUCUGCAGUGCAUCACCAAGUGGUUCGGGACGAAGCGCGCCCAAACGCCCGGCAGUAUCGAGUGUCCCAACUGCCACUCCAAGCUGCCACUCGAGCACCUUGUGCAGUGUGCGUCCGAGGCGAAUGAUACGCUGGCAACCGCAUGCGAACCGGUCCACCUUACCAACGGUGCCGGAGACGGCUGCAAUGGAUCACUUAAGCUGAGCAACGGUACGGCCACACCGUCCGUCGAGAAGGGCACGAUACGCGUGGUGGUAAAGGUGCUGGAGAGCGAUGCCGAUGCGUCACCGAAAGACGGACACCCAUCGCCACCGCCGAGGAACCGCACGGACCCAUCGAACGGCACCCGGGCCGUGCUUACGAACGGUUCCAGCUCGGAGAAGAUGCAUCCGCCGGUGACGAAUGGUAAGCAGCAGCAUGGCAAACGAAAAGAUAACACACCGUCCAAAUCGCAAGCGGAUCCGUCACUCUCGAACGGUGCCGGAACGGAAUUGGACGCGGUCGAGAAGAAGGCAGGUUCUGGGCCGUUGGAAAAUGGGCGAAAUAAACCGAAAUCGCCACCGAUCAUCUGUAACGGUGUGCAUCCAGAACCGUCACCAAAGAGUGCCGAUCGAAAGAGUAGCCAAAGCAAUGGAAAACCCACGGUGACGUUCGAGGAACCGAAAACGACACGUAGGAACGGUUAUCGCCACAAAUAUGCGGCUGAAGGUGAAAAAGUCCUCGCCGUGGAAAAGCAAUCAUCACCUCCUCCCAUAGAAACUACUCGGUCGAGUAGUGUGACGGUCGAUUCGUCACAACCCAAUGUUGUGGACAAGGUUCCAUUUGAAGAUGACAACAGGGGGAGUGGAGAUAAGCUCUGUCCCACACACGCUCUGCCAAUGCUCUUUUUCUGUCUAUCGUGUAAUGGGUGUAUCUGUGAGACGUGUGCCCUGCACGAUGACACACAUGCAGAGCACACGUUCAAGAAGAUCACCACCAUGUACGACAGCAAGGUGGAGAAGAUCCGGCACGAGUUUGGAGGCAUCAAGGAGUAUCUAGCCGAUGUGGGCACGGUACUAAAAGCCAUCGAACAGAACAUUGACUGGGUGCGGGCAUCCAAAGCACGGAAGCUCCAGGAACUCAGCCAACUGCUCCACACAGAAGCGGAAAACAUUGAGCGACAGAUCCAGGCAAAGCUUACACUGCUCCAGCGCCAGAAGGACUCCGUGAGUGGGGAGAUUGCUCGAGUGACCGGUGCCUAUAGGCGGCUGGAGAGUGAACUGAAAGUAUGUCCAAAGCCGGAACUGCUAUUCAAAGACGAUGACUUCCUGCAGCGUUGUAGUCGGCUGGUUGAGACUCCGGCAUCGAAAGCCUUCCGCCAUGAGCACGUCCCGGUGGAUCUGGAUUGUGAGUUUGUGCCCGAGUUCCGAUCGGAAGUGUUCGUCAUCAAGAACUAUCACGCGAUCGAACCGAUGGAGGAGUGUCGAACGUCGGACGUGCUGCGAGAUGUGGUCGGAUUCGGAUGGCGUCUACAUAUCUGGAAGAGUGAUCAUCUCUCGGUAACCCUGAUCAUGACGGAUGGUGUUAUUGGAAGAUACGAAUACUGUAUCGAGCUGAUGCACGAGGAUCCAACCAAAGCGAUUCGAUUGACACAGAUCGACCAUUUUGAGCUACAUCAGACAGGCCCGGUACAUGAUCUGAUCGAGAACGAACAGCUCGAGGUGGAAGGUUUCCUCAAUGCGGAAGAUGACUCACUGCAGAUAAAGUUCUCCGUUCGGCCACCUACAAUCGUCAUGGUUAGCCGUUACCAGCAGGAGUUUAUCGAUCGUUUCAUGAAGGAUAACAUCAACGAAUACGAUAGCAAUGUGAUCACGAUCUGCAACAUUCGCGAUCCCACUACAUCGAUCGUACUGUCGAAGCAGUACACCGAUACGGUUGGAUCCCGGUGGCGGUUGAACGUGUAUCCGAAGGGAAACAACACUAACCAACGAUAUCUGAGUACGUACGUUGAGCUGUGUGAUGGUAUCGCUGGAAGAUAUCAGUACACGGUGGAGCUGCUGCAUGACGAUGUGACACGUCAGGUGAAGUUCCAGUCGGAGGAUCACUUCAAGGUGGGCGAAAUACGAGGCUAUCAGAAGUUUAUUCGCGUCCGAAGACUGCUCGAGGAAGGUUAUCUGAACGAGGAAGGAUCCAUUCUAAUUCGUCUUUCGAUACGUCCGGCCAAUCUCGCACUCCGUUGCCAGUAUCAGGAAGAAUAUCAAACGCUUAAGGAGGAAAAAAUUCGUACCCAGUUCAAUACUCAACUGAACCAGAACCUGAUGAGGAUAAAGAAUCUGCGCGAUGACAACGCAUCACUGCAAACGCUGGUGUAUCCUGAGUAUGCUUCCAACAUUUUUGUGGUCCGCAACUUCACCGCAUUGCGAGAAGCGCAGGAAGACAUCUGUUCCGACAAUGCGUACGACGAUCUUGGCUGCUGCUGGCGGCUGAUUGUGUACGCCAACGGUGAUAAGGAGGGUCGUGAUGAAUGGCUAAGCGUGUACCUGAGACUGCUAGAAGGCAUUCCAGGAAGCUACGAGUACUGCGUGGAACUGUUGCAUAAUGAUGCGGCGAAAACGGUAAAAAUGGAAGGAACCCAAUCGUUCGACAUACAGGAACGAUUUGGCUGGACACGCUUCGCCCGACUGGACUGGAUCUGUGCGAAUGGGUUCGUUAGCGAGGAACAGGAUGCAUUGUACUUUCGAUUUUCCCUACGACCACCAAACUAUAAGGCAAAGUGCGAAUAUCAACAUCUUCUCCGUCUGGAAGCGAAGCGGGAGUGUGAACUACUAAAACGUGAACUGAUACCGGCAUACAGUACGAUGACUUAUACGUUACGCAACUUUUCCGAGAUGCAGCGCAAGGACAGCUUCGUGUACUCAGAUCCACUAGUGGAUGAUUUGGGCUUUUCCUGGAGAUUACUGAUCUACGCAAAUGGACACAACGAAGCGCGUGGAAAUCAUCUUAGUAUCUAUCUUAUAUUGUUCGAAGGCGUGUCUGCCAGCAGGUUCGAGUAUCGUGUGGAAUUGCUGCAUCAUCUAAAUCCUACGGCAAACAUCAAGAUGGAGGGCGUGAACGUGUUCAAGCUGAAGAAGAUCUGGGGCUGGCCACAGUUUAUGGAUCACGAGCGGCUACAGGAGGAAGGCUAUCUGGACCAAACGACAGACACGCUCGAGCUGCGCCUGUCGAUGUGUCCACCGGACAUAAAGCUGAAGUGCGAAUACCAGCAGGAGUUUAUACGCAAGCUGAAGGAGAAUCAGAAAUAGUGGAUUACCGUACUAGCCUUACAAUACUGCCAAUCGUGUAACCGUAGGAAGAGACUUACGGAAAAUGUGUCAUGUGUCCGUCCGUUGGAACAUGUACGCGAAACGAAAACAAGCCCGAAAACAUGGCGAUGGAAGGUUCAUCUCGCCUAGUUGGCUAGUGGAUGCCACGAAUGUGCAAAAGGGUGAAGAAAAAAAGAACCAUGCAGCUUAUCGCGUAUGACAGUUUACGCAAUCGUGCAAAAAGUGUGGUGGGGGUUUGUGCGAAUGAAGAAUACAACACGUUCCUAAGUGUCGUUGCAGCGGUCGGCCCAUCGUUGGAGACUGUGCGGGAUUUUUUAAUAUAAUUUUUCUUCCGACAACGCUUGCCAUCCGGACUGAGCGUUGAUAUAAAUCAAAGCUAAUGUUUGAAACAAAACCUGCCGAGCAUGGGCAAGAGUGAAAGGGUGUGCGAUUGAGGUAGGAUGGUGUCGCACGGGGAGAACCAGGGGAUUGGGAAAUGGUAACCGUUUCUAUAUUUUUAGCAUAAAAGUGUAAGGAAUUCGAUACGCGACAACGAUGCUGAUGAUGAUCAUGCAGCUAACGCGGCGAUCACCGGUGAAAUGGGUGAACAAGCUGAAAUCAGCAACGGACCACAAAGACACGUGGUUUUGCGCGAAGUUCUAGUGACCCAUGAAACACCGGCCAAAGAGAAACCGGAAGAAGAAGCAAACUUCGAAUGGAUCGAACGGGACAAGGAAAGUGUCAUAAAAAAGGGGAAAAUUAAAACAACGAACCGUACCGCAAUGUUGUUAAGUGGCUCGGCGGUGCUUUAUGUUCCUUUUUUUAUGGUAGCGUCCGUCGCGCAGUGAAUAAUGUGGGGCGGGAAUUUGUGUAGAUUGUAUAUUAUAUUUAUUUGCUCGGUUUUAGUUUUCGUGCCACCCCGUUUCACGUCCUGCUGUACGGUAGCGCGUGUAGACUUUAGGGAAGAUAUGAAAUUUAGGUUAAGUGUACGCGAAACGGUAUCGGUGGGCACGGUAUGCUUUUUUUGUAUAUUAUGGUUUAGAUUUUUCUUUGCCGCUGUAUCUUUGACUGGUAGAUUCGUAAUGUGCUAGCUCACUUGAACAAUGUUUUUGGGGCGUUAAGAAGUAGUCGAAGGAUAUUGUUUUCUUUUUCUUUUUGGUUUUUGCUGUUUAUACAACGAUCAAGACCAGGGAAGAGAUGGUUGUAAAGUUAUGGUUAUUAUUUUGCGUUCUAUCCACGUUUAUGUGUUCUUGCGCGGCUCAAACGAAUCUGCGUCUGGGGUGGGGUAUAUGGGAUAGAUUUUCUUUUCUAUUACAAUUGUGCACCAUGAAGAGCGACUUGAAUUUCUCAGUGAACGAGAGCAAAAAUAUAAUAAAAGAAUAUUUUGCAAAA